AUGGAAGAAGAAAGAAAAGUUGCAGAAUUACAGAAAAAUAUGACACAGGACUCUGUGGUCUUUGAGGAUGUGGCCGUGGACUUCACCCAGGAGGAGUGGGCUCUGCUGGAUUUUGCUCAGAGGAGCCUCUACAGAGAUGUGAUGCUGGAAAACUUUCAGAACCUGGCCUCCCUAGGGUAUCCACUGCACACACCAUAUCUGAUCUCUCGGUGGAAACAAGAGGAGGACCUGGAGACAGUGGAAAGAGGACCUAUCCAGGGGGAACACCAGGAAGGUUUUGAGAUUCAACUUAAAACUAAUGAAUUAGUAGCUCCACAGGAUAUUUAUGGACAAAGAAUAUCCGGUGAACAGAAAAUAGUAAGGUUCAAAAGGAAUGAUUCUUGCUCAUCCAUUUUACACAAAAACUGGGAAUACCAUGGUGUUUGUUAUCAGAACAAAAACCAUGAGAGACAUUUGAGAAGUCCAGUUGUGGAGACCAUCUAUGAAUGUAAUGAAGAAAAUCAGUGUGGACAAGACUGCAGCCAAAUUUCACAUCUUAAUAUACUCAAGAGAACUACUGAAGUGAAGUCCUAUGAAUGCCAUGAGUGUAAAAAGGCCUUCACGGAUCAUUUAUCCCUUAAGAAUCACAUCAGGUCUCACACUGGAAGCAAACCCUAUCAAUGUAAAGAAUGUGGGAAAGCUUUCCAUUUUCUUGCUUGUUUUAAGAAGCAUGUGAAAAAUCCCACUGAAGGGAAACCUUACGAAUGUAAAGAAUGUACAAAAACCUUCGGUUGUUCUUCCUUCUUUAGGGCACAUAUGAAGAUUCACACUGGAAAGAUGAGCUAUGAGUGUAAGGAAUGUGGAAAAACCUUUAGCUGUUCUUCAUCCCUGACAGAACACAAAAGGAUUCACAGUGGAGAUAAGCCUUAUGAAUGUAGGGAAUGUGGGAAGGCAUUUAGCUGUUCUUCCUCACUCUCCAAACACAAAAGAAUUCACAGUGGAGAUAAGCCAUAUGAAUGUAAGGAAUGUGGGAAGGCCUUUAGUUCUUCCUCUCACCUUAUAAUACAUAUAAGAAUUCAUACUGGAGAGAAGCCUUACGAAUGUAAAGAGUGUGGGAAGGCCUUCAGCGAGUCCUCAAAACUCACUGUACACGUCAGAACACACACAGGAGAGAAACCCUAUAAAUGUAAGGAAUGUGGGAAAGCCUACAAUUGUCCCUCCUCCUUAAGUAUCCAUAUGAGAAAACACACUGGAGAGAAACCCUAUGAAUGCCUGGAAUGUGGAAAAGCCUUCUAUCUUCCCACUUCCCUUAAUACGCACGUGAAAAAUCAAAGUAGAGAGAAACCCUAUGAAUGUAAGGAAUGUGGAAAAGCCUUUAGUUGUCCCUCAUCCUUCAGAGCACACGUGAGAGAUCACACUGGAAAGAUACAAUAUGAAUGUAAGGAAUGUGGGAAGGCCUUUAGCCGUUCCUCAUCCCUCACUGAACACUUAAGAACUCACACUGGAGAGAAGCCUUAUGAAUGUAAAGAAUGUGGGAAAGCCUUUAUUAGUUCCUCCCACCUUACAGUACAUAUAAGAACUCACACUGGAGAGAAACCUUAUGAAUGUAAGAAAUGUGGCAAAGCCUUUAUUUAUCCCUCAGCUCUGAGGAUCCACAUGAGAACACAUACUGGGGAGAAACCCUAUGAAUGUAAGGAAUGUGGGAAAGCCUUUCGCCAUUCUUCAUACCUUACUGUCCAUGCAAGGAUGCACACUGGUGAGAAACCCUUCGAAUGUCUGGAAUGUGGGAAAGCCUUCAGUUGUCCCUCAUCCUUUCGAAGACAUGUAAGAAGCCACACUGGAGAGAAACCAUAUGAAUGUAAGGAAUGUGGGAAAGCCUUUGUUUCAAGCUCUUAUCUUACACGGCACAAGAGAAUUCACACUGGGGAGAAGCCCUAUGAAUGCCGUGACUGUGGAAAAACCUUCAGAGAUAGUUCACUUCUUAGACAACAUGAAGGAAUUCAUUCAAGGGACAAACCCUACAAAUGUGAUCAGUGCAGCAAAACCUUCAGUAGAAGCUCUAGGCUUACCAUGCACAAGAUAAUACAUACCAAAGAGAAGCCCUAUGCCUGCAAUGAUUGUGGGAAAACCUUCAGUAUUCUUUCAUACCUUACAAGACAUAAGAGGGUCCACACUGGUGAGAAGUCCGUUGAGUGUAGCCACUGUGGAAAAGCCUUAAGUAGUCCAUCAGCCCUGAAGACACACCUGCGGAUACAUACUGGAGAGAAACCUUACAAGUGUGAUCAAUGUGGAAGGACUUUUAGAAUGAGCUGUAAUCUUAAUGUGCACAAGAAAAUGCAUGCUGGAGAGAAACCGUGUACUUGCAAUGACUGUGGGAAAGCCUUCAGGGAUCACUCGUGCCUUAAAGAACACAUGAGAAUUCACACUGGAGAGAAACCCUUUGCAUGUAACCAGUGUGGGAAAGCCUUCAGAGUGAAAUCUUUCCUCACUUUGCAUAAGAAAAUUCACAUGAAAAUGAAACAAUAUGAGUGUAAGGAGUGUGGGAAAGCCUUCGGUGGUCUCUUAUCUCAUAGGAGACAUAUGAAAAAGCACACCAGGGAAAAGAAACCCUUCAAGUGUAAUGAGUGUGAAAAGGCUUUUAGGAGGCAUGUGUCCCUUACAAUACACAUAAGAACUCACACUGGAGAGAAACCCUAUGAGUGUGAUCAAUGUGGGAAAACCUUCAGCGUGAGGUGUAAUCUUACUGUGCACAAGAGAGUCCAUACUGGUGAAAAGCCCUAUCAAUGCAGUGUCUGUGGACACGCUUUCAGUAAGCUCUCCUCCCUUCGGCGGCAUCACAAGAGCACUCAUGCUGAAUAA